UUUCUUUUCCGGAUGUAGCAUCACAUGAACUGACUGUCAACAUGCAAGAUGGCCACGCAUCACAGGCAAAAUGCUGCUGGGCGGAGGAAAGUACAGGUUUCCUACGUGAUUAGAGACGAGGUGGAGAAGUACAAUCGCAAUGGAGUGAAUGCUCUCCAGUUAGACCCUGCUCUGAACCGGCUCUUCACCGCAGGGAGAGACUCCAUCAUCCGGAUAUGGAGCGUCUACCAACAAAAACAGGACCCAUAUAUUGCAUCUAUGGAGCACCACACUGACUGGGUUAAUGAUAUAGUUCUUUGCUGCAAUGGAAAAACAUUGAUAUCAGCUUCAUCAGAUACUACSGUGAAAGUAUGGAAUGCUCAUAAAGGAUUUUGUAUGUCGACGUUACGGACGCACAAGGACUACGUAAAAGCUUUAGCGUACGCUAAGGACAAGGAGCUAGUGGCGUCGGCUGGACUGGACCGGCAGAUCUUCCUUUGGGAUGUGAACACACUGACAGCGCUCACCGCUUCCAACAACACGGUCACCAAUUUGAAAUUAUUCCCACAUUUUCUCCCCGUGGUGAUCCUAAAUCAACAUCUCAGCCGGCCAACCUUGAUGUCUUUCUCUGUUGUUCAGAUGGAGCUGGACAGAUCUGCUGACCCACCUCCAGCGAUCUGGGUUUCCACCACCAAGUCAUCUGUGAAUAAAUGGUCGCUAAAGGGAAUGCACAACUUCAGAUCAUCAGGGGAGUACGACAACGACUGCACCACCCCUCUGACUCCGCUGUGUACUCAGCCAGAACAAGUUAUUAAGGGAGGUGCCAGUAUUAUACAGUGCCACAUUCUGAAUGACAAGAGACACAUACUCACCAAAGACACCAACAACAACGUGGCAUACUGGGAUGUGCUGAAGGCUUGCAAAGGAGAAGACUUGGGCAAAGUGGAAUUUGAUGAGGAGAUUAAAAAGCGGUUCAAGAUGGUGUACGUGCCAAACUGGUUCUCUGUCGAUCUGAAAACUGGAAUGCUCACAAUUACUCUGGAUGAGAGUGAUUGCUUUGCUGCUUGGGUGUCUGCAAAGGAUGCUGGGUUUUCAAGUUCUGAUGGAUCUGAUCCAAAGUUGAACUUGGGUGGCUUGUUGCUCCAAGCUCUGCUGGAGUUCUGGCCCAGAACGCGCAUCAACCCCAUGGACGAGGAAGAAAACGAGGUGAACCACGUGAACGGUGAGCAGGAGAACAGGGUGCAGAAAGGAAACGGAUAUUUCCAGGUCCCGCCUCACACRCCUGUCAUCUUUGGAGAAGCAGGAGGAAGAACUCUCUUUAGGCUGCUAUGUAGAGAUUCAGGCGGCGAGACUGAAUCCAUGCUGCUGAAUGAGACAGUCCCACAGUGGGUCAUUGAUAUAACUGUAGAUAAAAAUAUGCCCAAAUUCAACAAAAUCCCUUUCUACCUCCAGCCCCAUUCUUCUUCUGGUGCAAAAACUCUAAAAAAGGACCGUCUCUCGGCCAGUGAUAUGCUCCAGGUGAGGAAGGUGAUGGAGCACGUUUACGAGAAGAUCAUAAACCUGGACAACGAGUCGCAGACCACCAGCUCCUCGGCCAACGAUAAACCCGGAGAGCAGGAGAAGGAAGAAGACAUGGCGAUGCUCGCUGAGGAGAAGAUUGAGCUAAUGUGUCAAGACCAGGUUCUAGACCCCAACAUGGACCUGCGGACAGUUAAACAUUUUAUCUGGAAGAGUGGAGGGGACUUGACACUUCACUAUAGGCAGAAGUCGACAUGAAAUUUGUCAUUUUUAUAAGCAGAACUCUUGUCAUUUGCCAAUCACCACCCACCUCCACCAUGUAGUCCCCACUCRACCCCAUCACGUGCUCCAGAGUCACCGUAUCAGUGAGAAACCAGUAAAUGUCCGAGGACAUGAUCCAUGGUGUAUCUAUCAUAGGGGAA